GUGACCCUCCAGGGUCCUCUUCUACAGCCCUGCCACCCCCCCAUGGUCCCCAGGAGCCCCCUGGCCCAGGGGAGCCAGACCCGGCUCAGCUGGUGCAAUGGUCGGUGGCCAAUCUCCCACCAGGUGUCCUCUGGCAGGAGGCCCGGCAGGGGCGGCCGCUGCCCAACCACAGCCCCCCCUGCUAUGGAAGGGACUGAGUGGGCGUGGGGCAGCAGCACAGGCAGAGCCACCACCAACAACCCCAUGGGGACCCUCGACUGCUGCCUGCUGCUCACCCUGGUCCUGCUCAUCCCUCAGCAGGCUGCAACCAGGAAGUGUGACCUGCAGGGCCUGUGGAGGAACAAGCUGGGCUCCAACAUGACCCUCUUGGUUCUGAACACAGCCGGCACCUUCUCGGGCUUCUACCACACUGCUGUGACAGUCACCAACAAGCAGAGCCUGGGGUCACCCCUGCAAGGGGCCCAGCAGCACCCUGGUGCCAAGAGACACCCCACCUUCGGCUUCACCGUGCACUGGCAGUUCUCAGACUCCACCACAGCCUUUGUAGGCCAGGGCUUUGUGGAUCGCUGUGGGAAGGAGACACUGGAAACCACAUGGCUCCUGUGGGAAGAGGUCUCAUCCCACAGGGACACCUGGAAAGCCACCAGCUGAGCCCUGUCCUGGCCCUCCCACCCCACAGCCCUCACUCCCCUCCUCCUGACAUGUCUUCCUUGCAGGGUUGGCACCUCCAUCUUCACCCACAUCAAGUGAUGGGAAAAGGGCCCAGAGCUGCCUGCAGCCUGCUGUCCUUCUGCAUCCCCAAGGCUCUCCACUGUAGCACUCUCAGGCUGGGCUCCUGCCUGCUCCCAGCAUCCUGCACAGGAAACACACCCUCCCCUUGCCCUGCUUCUUCCCAGUGCCUCCCAGCAACGUGCUGAUGGGGCUGUCCC